CUUUUUUAUUCUACUUCCUUAUCAAUUUAAAAUACCUGAUGGUUUUCUGAUAUGAACAUAUUCUUUUCCCUAGUUCAGCAUCUAUCUUUGUGAAACCUACUUGGUGUGAAUGCUGCGCUCUAAACAAGUGGAUGGAAUCUCCUGGAAUGAAGAAGAUGGAGGUGCCGGCAGUCUGCAGUCAAGAUAAUGGUUUGUCUCAUGUUCUGACCCUAGUGCUACAAGAACUGAGUUUGCUCUGUAAAAGAGAUGUCAAUGGUGUUGGCAUGUUAUAUGACCUGCUCAGAUCUCACUGGCUGCAAGCACUUUUAAAGAUUUACGAAUGCCUCCAAAACUACCUUGGAAAAAGGCCCAUGCCUGUCACGCUGCAGGCGCGUGCAUUGAAUCGUGAGGUGGUGGAGUUGCUACGUGAAGCCCCUCAGUCUGGAGAGAUCAAAGAGCUAAGACGACUACUGCAAACCCCACACUUAAGGGCCAUGCUAUCUGCUCAUGAUACUGUGGCCCAGAAAGAUUUUGAACCAACACUUCCACCACUGCCAGACAACGUACCUGAAAAUGAGGAAGCCAUGAGGAUUGUCUGCUUAGUGAAAAAUAACCAGCCUCUGGGUGCCACCAUUAAGCGCCAUGAGAUAACGGGUGACAUAACAGUUGCCCGUGUGAUCCAUGGUGGGCUAGCAGACAGAAGUGGGUUGUUGUAUGCUGGAGACAAACUCGUGGAAGUAAAUGGAGUUCCUGUUGAAGGACUUGAGCCUGAGCAAGUUAUUAAUAUUCUGGCCUUGUCUCAGGGGACAAUUAUGUUCAAGUUGAUUCCAGUUUCUGAUCGUCCUGUCAGCAACCAAACAACACUAUAUGUGCGAGCAAUGGCAGAUUACUGUCCAGUGCAAGAUCCUGCCAUACCGUGUGCUGAUGCAGGUUUGCCUUUUAAGAAGGGUGAAAUACUUCAGAUUGUGGACCAGAAUGAUGCUCUCUGGUGGCAGGCCAGGAAAGUUUCAGAUCUCAGUGCCUGUGCUGGACUUAUACCCUCAAAUCAUCUUCUUAAAAGGAAGCAGCGAGAAUUCUGGUGGUCUCAACCUUUCCAGCCCCACCUCUGUCUCAAAUCAUCAAUGUUAAGCACUGUGGAAGAAGAGGAUGACAUGCAGAUUGAUGAGAAGUGUGUGGAAACAGAUGAAGAAACUUUUGAGUCUGAGGAGCUUAAAGAAGAAGAGGAAGAAUUUGGUGAAUUUGGUCAACGCGUCUUUAUUGCUGGAUUCCGCAGAAGUAUGCGCCUGUGUCGAAGGAAAUCCCGGAACAACCAGCAGUCAUGCUAUGCUCGGUGCCCCCGCAGCUGUUACAGCACUCUUGCAGCUCCAUAUGAGGAGGUGGUUAGGUACCAGCGGCAUCUAGCAGACCGGAACAGACUAAUUGUACUAGUGGGUCCUGCAGGAGUGGGUGUGAAUGAGCUACGGCGAAGGCUUAUCUCAAGUAACCCACGAGAGUUUCAAAGUGCUGUACCUCACACCACUCGUGUUCAGAAGAGUUAUGAAAUGAAUGGUCGUGAAUAUCACUAUGUAUCAAAAGAAACUUUUGAAAACAUGGUGUACAGCCACAGGAUGCUGGAAUAUGGGGAAUACAAAGGGUACCUGUAUGGUACCAGUGUUGAUGCAGUGCGAACAGUCCUUGAUGAAGGGAAGAUCUGUGUAAUAGAUUUAGAACCACAGGGCAUCCAAAUAGCCCGGACUCAUGAAUUGAAGCCAUAUAUUAUAUUCAUCAAGCCAUCCAGCAUAAGCUGCAUGAGGCAAACUCGUAAAAAUGCCAGGAUCAUUACAGAUUAUUAUGUGAACAUGAAAUUCAAGGAAGAAGAUUUACAGGAGAUGGAGGAUUCUGCUAAGAAAAUGGAAGAUCAGUUUGGUCAGUUUUUUGAUCAAGUGAUUGUGAAUGACAAUUUACAAGAAGCAUCUGCGCAGCUGCUAUCUGCAGUCCAUCGUGCACAGGAUGAGCCCCAGUGGGUCCCUGCAAUGUGGAUAUGCUCAGAUACUCAGCCAUAAUUCUGAGUGGCAGGCAGCUUCAAAAAGAUUAUAGCUUAUGUUUUACUUCACGAAUAAUCCUAAUGUCAGGAUUGUCAGAAUUUGUAUGCAAGGGAUUUGGAAGAGGAUUAGGAAAGAAGCUGCUACAGGAGAUAUAAUCAUACUGUGUUAUAGUUGCAUCCAUUUUUGUACAAAAAAGGAAAUGUUGCAAGCUCUCAAUUACAAGAAUAAAGGAAAAUAUAUUUUGGUGCA